UCCGCGCGGUUCACAUGUCCGCUCAUUUGCAUUGCGGAGGAGAGACUGCUCCGUACUAGUUCAGUUCUUGCAUUUUUCGUCCAUUGGCAAGUCAGAUCACUGUAAGCAAUGGCUCUCUUAAUGGAUCACCAGUUUAAACAGGUCCCAGCCGAUAAGCAAGUCGAGACCAGAGCAUUUCUAGAGGCAGUAUCUUACCUUCCGCCAUUCUUCGAUUGCCUUGGCUCCACGGUUUUUGCUCCGAUUAAAUCCGACAUCAUGGGAAAUAUCACUAAAAUCAAGGCAGUUUAUGACAGCAAUCCAAGCCGUUACAAAACCCUUCAGAAUAUACUGGAGGCUGAGAAGGAGAUGUAUGGAUCCCAGUGGCCCAAAGUGGGAGCAAGCCUGGCACUCAUGUGGCUGAAGAGGGGGCUUCGCUUCAUCCAGGUCCUUCUGCAGAGCCUCGCAGAUGGAGAACAGGAUGAAAACAACCCGAACCUGAUCCGUGUUAAUGCCAUUAAGGCCUAUGAGUUUGCCCUGAAAAAAUACCACGGCUGGCUAGUCCAAAAUCUCUUCAAGAUGGCCAUGCUUGCGGCACCUUACAAGUCAGACUUCCUGAAGGCCCUAUCCAAAGGGCGUGAGGUCAAGGAGGAGGACUGCUUGGAGAAGAUCCGCCAGUUCCUCGUCAACUUCACAGCCACCGUAGAUGCCAUCUACGAGAUGUACACGAAAAUGAACGCCGAGCUGGACUACACAGUGUGACCGCCAGCCCCUCCCCCCACCGGGCGGUCCUCUCCAGUGACACCUCCACUCCCAGACCUGCCCCAUCUGUUUCAAGCCUCUCGGUGCCUGAAAGUUUGUGUGUGUCGCCCCAUUUGAUAGGGGCUGUCUGUGAUUUUGAUCUGCUGCCUGGCUUGCAGGCCGUUUCCUUUAUGGGUCUUUCCUCUGUGUGCCCCAACUCGCAUCUCUGUGCACUGGAAUGAGUCCUUAAUGCACACUAGAGGUCAGUAACUGGCAAAAGGUAGCUGAAAUGGCAGCUGAGAAACACUGAAAAACUCCACUGUGUGACGCUGACCAUUUAAAAUCUCAUUAAAAAUAUGUUUCUUCUCAAUUAUAUAAUUCAGAACUGCUUCAUAGGGCUUCUUUAGUGUUAGCACUGUAAUACAAUAUAUUAUAAAUUCUUUAUUUAAAUUUUAUGGGUUGAACAGAACAUUUCGUGUAUUUUGGAAGGUUAGAUGAAAUUGUCUUGUGGAAAAUAUUUUUUUAACUGAACUGGAAAUAUAAUAAAUAUUUAAUACAUAUAAAGCAGCAUGAAUCUUAAAAUGUGUGCUUUCAACAACUAACUGAAGAUGUUCUGAGACAUUUUGAUGUUUUAUGUUUUGCUUUCCCUGCCUUGUGCCCAUUGCAUCCGGGAUAGGCUCCGGACCCCCCGCGACCCAGUAGGAUAAGCAGUUUGGAAAAUGGAUGGAUGGAUAGAUGUUUUGCUUUUAAAUCUAUACUGGUAUUUUAAUGUUCAACACUGUACAAGGACUGUAUAACAUCUCUCAAAAUAUGCCCUGUCCGGCUACUUCAUUUUAAAUGAUUUAAAUGAUCAGUGUUUGCCUUUAUUUUUGGUGUUUUCUUUUAUAUAUUUAACACUGCAGAAUGUAAAGGAAGAUAUCAUUUUCAAUAUAUAUUUCAAUGCUUAGGAUAAAUUGUCUUGGUGAGUAAAGCUUAACAGAAUUUGUCUUGUAAUCAAUUUUCUAUAAAUCUGAUUGAUUGUUCAAGUUUCAGUAAUAUGCACAUGUUUUCGGUUAAAUAAAAUACAGCCAACUUGUGUUAGUGUUAGGAGUCUAAUAUACAACGCCAUGCAUAAAUUAUUCUGAAAAUAUUUCAGUAGUUUAAUGCAGAGUAAAAUUAUCCCCAAUUACAAAUUAAAGGUCCGCUUUAACCUUUGUUAUAUGUUCAUGUAGAAGGGACCAAAUGUUUAUAUAUAGCAGUAUUUACCUAAAAGGGUGCCUUAUGCAUGUGAAACCAAACCGUAAGUCUUUGUAUAGAAGUGGAGAAAAAAUAUUAUUAUUAAAAUUAUUAAACUCCAAAAGGCGCUGCUGGCCAGUGCGCCAUCUAGUGUCCAUACCUCUUCGGCACUUUGCGACAAAGGCAACAGUUCAAUAAAUCGGCACCAUGGUUUUGCGUAUGUGUAUAUUGCAUAUUAUUUGGGUGCCUCCUAGCACCUUGUUUCACAUGCACUUUGCCCAAUGGGCAACAUUUGCAAAUAUUAAGUUGCUCUUAUCUCGUGCACUUUACUGCUCUAAGACCUAAAUAUAAUAUAACAGAGGCCGUUUAAAUGUAUACUUGUAUUUAUGUAUGCCUGACUGCAUAUCUUUCAGAUCCUAGUAUUUAACUGAAGUGGAUGUGAAUGUGCACUGCAUUGUUUCAAACUGCUAAUAUUUUGUCAAUAAAAC